GUUGUUUGGAUAAACUUUGUACAGUGUGCAAUAUAGAAAUGGGCAAUUGGUGUCCAUACAAAAAGAAGAAAACGGAAGAAGAAGAUCCCAUAGAUCAAAAUGGAACUUGCGUUGACAGCAUAAGCGAAUCGAACGUCGCAGAAAAUGACAAGGGCAAACACGCACAAACCAAUGAUGACGCAGUCAAUCAAGAAAAUAACACAGAACCGAAGCGUUUUGAAAGCACGAGCAAAUCGAACGUCGCAGAAAAUAACAAAGGCAAGCACGCACCAACCCAUGAUGGCGCACUCAAUCAAGUAUAUAACACAGAACCGAAGCGUAAUGAAAGUAAACGGCCACACACUUCUACCCCGAAAGGCGAUGAGGAAAACGACAAACUUCAAGACGGCGGGCAAGACGCAAAGGAUCAACUAAAAACUCAAACACCAGGCUCAUAUUAUAGCGAUGAAAUUUUACAACCGAACUCAAACAAGUUAUAUCCAGUGCAAACACAAAAACAGGACCAACUUGCACGGCAAAAGGAAGCCAGUAAGGAAAUGCUGUACAGAGUGUAUGAGAACGUUAUUGGAACACUUGAAGAAUUCGAAAGAAGAUGUAAUAAGAGGCACACGAAAGAAAAGCUGGUUGUUUCUGAGAUUGAUUUUCCAGACCAAUCCGACAAAAGCGAUAGAGACGUAAAGGCUAAUAUGGAUGUUCAACUUUUGUUGUUUGAAGAGCACAGAAAAUCAUGUCCUCCUAAAUUUACCAAGGAGGUAAAUGGUGAAUUGAGAAUGAAAACCAUUUACUGGGCUGCAGCAAGAGGGGAAACGGAGCUCGAUGAAACGGACGAGUAUACAACUAAUCUGUAUGAGAUUCUUGUAAAAGAUAAAACGCAUCACGCCGUACUUGAUCAACCCAGACAGCCUGUUGAACAUAAAACAAUGCGACAGACUUUGCAGUUUAUUAUGAAAGGAAAUGCCAAAGCGAUGGAAAUCGAAUGUGAAUAUCAGACCGACCCAGAUAAAAUGGCAAAAGACCCCAAAACGCGGAAAACAGCAAUACGACCUUAUGUUGGUGCCAACAGAAUAUAUAUGUGUAAUACAGAUCUUCAACCUUACCUCGAUCAGGACGUGCCUGGAUUUUUGGAAUCGGACAUUAAAUAGUCUAUAUCAACUUACAUUAAAUGUGAACCCCCUUUUUUGUUCUUAUAUUACUAGCUCGUACGUAGCGUACAAUUAUUCAUAACUUGAACAUAUAUUUAUUAUAUUUUAGUUGAUCUUAAUUUGUACACAUAUAAUUAAAUCAAUUAGGUUUGAAAACGUAUUUAUUAACAGAUACUUAUUACAUUCAAUAUAUAUCUAGUUUUUGAAGUAAUGUUAAACUCAAAAACUGCAUCUGAUCGUCGAAAUAGCCAUCAUUCUGUUACAUUACCGGACACAGUUUAUUGUAUGUGGCGCUGCGUACUCGGCCCAACAAGUUAAGUAAAAUUAACUAUUACAUUUAAAGUAUGUAUAUAUUUAAAGUAGAGCUAUUAUACGCAACAAUAAUUUCAAAAGAAUUUUGAUAAACGUUUCUUAGAUUUUAAUCCUUAUAUAUGUUUGUUAAACGUAUGAUGUUAAUAUCAACAUAUGUAUGUUCCGAAUAUAUUCAUCUUGUUAAGUCAGUAAAUAGUGACUGUGAUAUAUGUUAUAUCGUACUCAAUUUAAACAAUGUAAUAAACUUCCGAUGGCCAUUCAGGAUCACAGAAUUUAACACAACAGAUAGAACCUACAUGCUGCUUUCAUUAUAAAUGUUAACCAUACGAAACAAACAGUUAUUUUUUUUAUACGUAGAUUAAACCACAAGAAGCUUAUACACAUAAAUAUUGCAAACUUUCAUUUCUCGUUACUUUUGAAGGCGGAUGCAGAUCUCGUAUAACAAUUAAUUAUUUGUAGACAUAACUAAAACAUACGUGCACUUGAUUCAAAAUACACAACAUUACGAUCUGUCAUGUCCAAAUAUACAAAUCAGGACUUGUAUUCGGCAAAAGCUGUUAGCUAAUGACUAAACGUGUACCUUUCAAGGACGUAUGCUGCACUUUUACUGAAACUUUUGUUAUGACUAGAGUUUUAUAAUUUGCGGUAUUAAGCAAGAACCAUCUGUUGUGGAUAGAAAACAAAUGAAAUAAAAAUCAUGUUAAUUUUGUUGUUAAUUUUCAUUUGCUUUUGAACAACAAGCUUAAUUCAGCAUAAGAACAAUUUACAAAUAAGUAAAUAACUAUAACAAUUGAGUAAAUUAAUGAGAAAACUUUUAAAAACAACUUCUAUUUAUUUCAAUAUAUGUACUACUAUUUUAACUUUAUUUCAAUUUAUGUUUUUUUAACAUAAUUACAUAGAGUGAUUCAUGUUGUUUUUUUUUAAACAAAAACAUCAGAAUUUCACAUAUGAAAAUUAAUAUUAUGCCUAUCAGUCAUUUUUAUAUGUAUAUGUCUUCACAUACCUCGAUUUUGUCCAAAUGUACCAAAAUGUUUAAUAAGUUAUAACUUAAUUAAAAUAUAGAAAGAAAAAAAUAGGCCACCAUGGCCGUUUGUUCAGAACUGCAGUUUAACUGCAUUUAUUAAAAUACAAUUACAAAAGUGGAAACAUGUUCAUGGUACUGGCAAAAAACAUACUAAUACAUGUAUUGCUAUAUGCCAAUGAAAACGUAGAUUGUAAUGUAUAUGAAAACACAUAUCAUGUGUAGGAAUAUCAGUAAAAGUAGGUUAAUACAGCGUCCGACUAAAAACAAGACGUAUACUAUACAUUUAAAGGGGCAUAUCGACGGUAUUAAUUUCGUGUCAUGACUUGACCAAUAUUUUGUUGAAAGUAAAUGCAAAAUAAGAAUAACCUUUUAAAUGAAAACACAAAAAUGUAGCAAAAUCAGUUAAAGUUAGAUUAUACAGCACCACAAACUAAACAGCAGCAAACAUGGGAAAGAAUCAUGACUUCAUAUAACUAUAUAAUAUUAAUUGAAAGAACACAUAUCAUAUACGAUUUAAAGCAACAACUGACAAUAACUUACGCAACUUUCAAUACAUAAUUCUCUAACUUACAUAACCUGUAUAAAUGCAUACCUGUAUAACAAUAUAUUAAAACCUUCUAAUAUAUGCUCAUUCUGUGCUAGUUAUAAAGAAAGUUUAAUACAUAUUAAGUAUAAAUGUAAUAGUGUACAACCAAUAUGAGAGAUCUUGAAUACUAUUUAGAAAGCAAAGAUAUAAACUUUGACCUUAACGUGCUUUUCAUAGUUUUUGAGACACAAAAACGUGUGGCAAAUACUAUGGUAAUAUACUACAUACUGAUUCUUAUGAAAGAGUAUAUAUAUUUUGUAUUAAAAAUAGACAGGAAUCUCUAAAUAUUGAGAUUUUCAAAAAAACUCUCACAAUGAAAAUGAAAUUUGAAGAAACUAUAGCAUUUGAAAGAAAUAAAAUAUACUUACACUAACACAAAUGACAGAAAUUUGUCACACUCUAACAUGAUUUUGCCUAUAUCGUAGUAUUCCUUUACGUCUUAUCUUUUCUAUGUUAUUUCCUACUGAAACACCUCAGGAAAUUUACUAUCGUCCUUCUCUUUUUCAUUUUUAUAUGACAUUUUCGCAUCAUCUCUAAAAAUUGGCUUCAAAUUUUAUGCAGAAAUUGAAUAUACUAUGAAAAUACUUUAUUACCAAUAAUUGUUAUGUUGAAGUUGUCAAUGUAUAACCUUGUUUUUCAUAUGUUUACGAGAUGUAUGGAUAAAAUUGAAAAAAAAAUACAGCACCUAACAAAAGCAUAGGUAUACAAUACAUUUAAAGUGGUAUUUAAACGUUACUUAAUUGUAAUUCGUUGCAUGACUUGACCAAUGUAUUGUUGUAUGCCAGUUUAAAUUUAGAUUUACAUUUAAAUGAUAACAAUAAUAAAUACUGUGUACCGAGAUCAUUAAAAGAAGGUUAAAUAAGUAUCCAACUUAAAACAAGACUUAAACAAUACACUUAGAGGGGCAUUUCAACGAUUUUAGUUUUAAUUCUUGACAUGACUUUACCGAUUCACGGCAUUCUAUUCUUAUGCAUCAAUUCUAUUAACAGUAUUAUUUUAUUGAAAUUGCUAUAAAAUGUAUGCACAACAUUAUUAUGUUCAAGUUUGUCUACGAAAAAACAAAGUCCAACAAACGUAUUGCAAUUUUAUGGAAACGUUUACAUGCUACACAAAAGUUGCGUGUGUCUUAUAUGUUAAACAAUGAUUCACUACAUAAAUGAACUUCGUUAUGUAUAAAAAGGUUGUAAAUUAUAAUUAUCUAUUAGUCUUUGAUACGCCACUGAAUUGUAAUAAUACUGAUAUUGGUAUUAUUGUUUUUAAUCUUCACUUAAUUUACUGCACAUUUUCUUUAGUACUGAUGUCAUUUGAAAGACGUGCGCGGCAGUUCAAAUUAUUAGUUUGUUUUGUUACACAUAUACUAUUUCUUGAUAGUUUGAUGAAGCCAUCUUUUGCUAAUGUAAAAGUGAAAUAAAACUCGAAGGUGA